AUCGCUCAAAGGUCGUCCAUAAAUGAUAGUCCCACCUGUAACUAUUCAUUAAUGUAAAUGAGAAAGAUCAAGUUUACAUAUUGUUAGGUGGGCUAUUACUAUGAGCCAUGGUUGUAACCUUAUGGGGUUUUCGUCACCAACUGAUAUCAGCUAUAAUGCAAUCAUGCUUUAUCACCCUUUUGUUUACAAGAUUAAAAACCUUAAGGUUUAGAGUUAGUGUGGAAAAAUACUAUCUGGCUACACAGGCUCUUGAAUAUACACUUGCGUACAUCAGGUUCUUUUUUGUUCCUCCAAUUAAGUUUUUUUGAAGCAUAAAUAAUCUGUAAAACUAUCCUUAUGCAAUAAUAGGGUAACGCAACCCCUGUUUAUCCUCCGAUUUAAUUAUGAAACCAGGCAUUUUGAAUAUUCUCUAGCAUCCGAAGCAGACUUUGUUUCAUAUCCCCUUCUGGACUUGUGUAGAGUCAGGACUUAAAGGUUCCUUGCUCUUCGAUAUUGAGAUUUAGUUUCGUCAGUACAGCAUUGAUCUAAAUUUCUCCCAUAUUCUUUUACGAAGAACAGUACAAACAUUCUUUCCUAAUAGUAGUGGGUUUCCUUGAUUUUCUUGGAGUUAUUUCAGGUACGCACUAUUUGAUGCCUCCAGUGUAUAAAUCCCUAAAAACUGUAAAGCCGUGUGUAUGGUAAGUUCCUGUUUAGUAGGCCAAUCUACCAAAGACGCUGCAUGUAUAUUUGACAGAAUAUCUAAUUUCCACACAUUUAAUCUGAUCAGGGCAGAAGAAUAGAUGCUAGCAUCAGUCCAAAGAGUGAAGAAUAACAUUGCAUGAUUACUUACUAAGCGAUGGGGUGUUAUCAAGGUUGAUAACAAUUUCCUCAUUCUAGUUCUUAUACAUUGUUAAUUGUUGUCUAACGCCUUCACUAUUGAAUGUAAAUGAAUUCAAUGUUACCUGCGAGUUUCUGGUUCACGUUUCUUAACUUUUUAUGUCCUAGAUUCUUACGUCUUUCACUAAAAAAACUCGUGGCUAGUCAUAAGCCUACCGACAACUCGCUAUUGCAACUUAAGUGAGCUCGUUGGGGUCUAGUCGAUAUCGGUUCCUUUCUGUUUUUCGACUUUUAGACUGCAGUUUUAGUCAGAAAUACUGUCUCCUUCAGUUACUGACUGGAUAUCCAUUAUUGUCACCUGAUGUCUUGAAGGAAUCAAUUAUUCAUCUCGAGAUGAUAGUAGUCCCACCAAUUUUCGUUAUAUUAUACUCCGAAGAAUUAUUGCCAGUAGUUCCGAUGUAAAUUUCUUCACAAAAUGGAAAUAACUCUUCCUGAACUUAAUCAUAACUGCUUCAGUACUCUGGAUCAUUCUUCUGAUAACUCGGAAAGCUCUGGAUCACUAAAUUAUAGUUUUGCACUGAUCGAUUGUAAAAAUUCCAAAAAUGAGCAGUUGUAUGGUGCCAUUUCUGUCAGAAAUUGGAUUAACUCUGGGAACAAUGAUUACUUAGAAGAAAACUUGGGUGAUCUGCGAAAGUGUUUGAUGCAGAAAAUUUUGGAGCUGAACUGUCAUUCUACAAGUCAUAUACCAAAUCCAGCAGUUACAAAGUUGUAUGAGUCUUUGGUGUGCUUGUACUUUAAGACCCCAAAACUUUGGUCACAUCCAUUAAGAUGGAUUAUAGAAGUAUUAAUACACGCUGACUCUGUUUAUGCCAGUACUUCUAACCUGUCAAUCUCAGAUGAAGAAAUACAACACUGUUUGACUAAUUCUACAUUUUCGAAACAAAUCAAAGGAAACGUAUUACAUCUUCUAUCAUUAAUUAGUGAGGAAUUUACAACAGCCCAGUUAACUCAUAGUGUUAAAUGUAUUGUCAAAGAAAGUAUUCUUUCUGAUGAAAUUUUAGUCAGAAAUAUUCUCAAGCAAUUUAUUACCGACGUAAAUCAGGAGGAAAUUUGUUCACUAGCUAUUCAUACUUCUGCAAUAUGGAUUUCUAAUUUUGUGACAAAUAACUGUCAUUCAUCAGUUGUCAGUUAUUUAGAUAUUGUGCAUAUGAUCUAUAAUUCAAUGCAAUAUUCUGAAAACCUUUAUUUAACCGGAAUAAAUGCUUUAAUAAAUAUAUAUGAAUCCGAUGGUGUUGGAUUAAAUUCAGAUAGAGAUGCAGGGUUUUUACUUGAUUUUCAUGUCUCCGAAUUGACAAAGUUCAAGUAUACUUUACAACAUCUUGUCGAAUUACAUUCAAUAAAUCAUCAAAAUGGUGUUCAAUGGAAUGAAUUUAAAGGAUAUGAAGCAUUGAACAAAACUGUACUACUUUUAUCAAUCUUGUCAGAGAAACAGAUGGAUUAUCUCAUUCAUCGACUUAGUAAUUCACGCGUUAAUACCACUAACCAGUCUAUUCAUGAAUUAUUUGAUAUGUUUCUGUUAACAUUCUCACUAACUGGUCAUUAUCCUUACGAUGAAGAUAUCAGUGAUGUCGCUUUACAAAUAUGGUUGAAUAUUCAUGAAGCAUCAAUUAGCACAACCGCAUAUACUGUUGGUAAUGUUCACGAUGAAGAUGCUAGAUUAUCUGAAGAUACAAUUAGACGUAUCCAUAUGGAAUUCAGUCAACGCGCAUUUAUUAAAUCCCAUUAUCCAAAAGAUUUAAAUCAAUUUUAUACCAUAUGGAACCAAGAGGAUAGAGAUCGUUGGUUGAAAUUUCGUCAAGAAAUAAGUAACUGCUUUCUCUCAGUGUUCAGAUACUUGAAUUUGCAUGACUGGUUUCUUCAAGCAACUAAUCAACUUCAGUCUACUAUAUACAAUUGUACAAAUGAGGAAUUAUUAGCCAAUUGGCAGGAAUCUGAAGCAUUACUAUUUAUUCUAUCAUCAAUUAGUGAACAUGUUAUCUAUGAAAAUGAAUCUGGUAUAAUACCUUUAUUAAAUUUUGCUCAAUUAAUAUCAAAUAUUAUAAUGAAUUUUAUUAAUAAAUUACAACAAUCUAUUACUUAUUUCAUUCAUUCUAAUAAUGUUGUUCAUUUACAACAACCUCAUCUAUUUCUAUUAUGUCAUACUAUAUUAUUAUGUAUAGAAAAUUAUUCUCCUAUGAUACUUUCAAUGGAUUCAUUAUCUGAAAUUGAUCUUAUUCAAUUUAUCUUAAAUUCAUUAUUAUCUACUUGUAUUACUGUUGAGAAUGAUCAAAAUGAUUUAAUGGAAUUAUGUCAUAUAUCACUUAGAGUACUUCAAAUAAUAUUAAAGAGCAAAUUAUCUUCAUCAAAUUUAUUAGUCGAUAUGAUAACAAAUACAUUGGAAAAUUUUCUUAAUCAAACAAAACCAAUUGAUCAAACUAGUAAUAAUUUAAUAUCUUAUUGUAUUGGUAUGUUAUUACGUUUAUCUAAAGAAGAAAACAAAGAGCAUACAAUUAGUUCAUUUCAAAAUAUUUUAUACAUUCGAUUGGAAACUUUCAGACUAUUGUGUACUACUACUACACAAGAUUUCAGUGAUCUUCCACAAAGUGCUAUAUCAGUUUGUUCACAGUUCACUUGUAAACAGAAUGAAGUUAACAGAAAGUCUUAUUUUAUUUCGAUUCUACUGAACUCGUUCAUUCAAACAUUUCGUGGUUUUGUCUCAAUUGAACAGCUAGUUGAUAAUGGACUAGUCAAUGAACACAUUAUAACAAUUCUAUCAAAAUUAUUAUGUUACUUGAAAGAGUCAUUAACAGAAGUUAUGUUUUCCAACCUUCCAGAAUAUUUUAUGCAGUAUCAUAAACUCUUACGAGUCAGUUUACAUAUCUUCACAUAUCUAUUAAAAAAUCCGAUUGAUGAUGUCAUAGUUACUAUGGUGAAAGAAUCAAUCAAUUGUAUAUAUUUCACAUUUGAUAAUAUAUUAAAUAAAUAUAAUAAAUUAGAUGAUGUUAUAUUAAAGUCUAUUCAUUAUUAUAUUGAAUGGUUAUUCAAUGAUCAAUAUAGGAAUAUGAAUGAAUAUUUAUCAUUAUUACAAUUAGCUACUAAUUUAUUCUCGAAUAUAUUCGAUAAAAUCAAUAUUUUAUUGAUUAAUCAAGUCCAAUUGAUUGGUGAUAAUAAUGAUAUAUUGUUUGGAAAAUGUAUUGGUUAUACAAAAGAAGAACGUAUCAAUCAUCCUAUAUCACCAAUUUUAAUGUCAUUUAUUGCACAAUCUAUUACAAAAGAAAUUGAAAUAUCAAGUAGAUUUGUUAGACAAUUCAUCAAUUUCAAAUUUCAUGAAGAAAAAGAAAAUCAAGAAAAACAAACUAUUUUCAAUUUACUUAAUGAUACACAUAGAUCAUUCAAAUUAUUUUUAUCAUUAGCAUUUAGUGGUAUCAGUGUACCAGAAUGGUCAACAGUUGAAUCAUGUAUCCAAUUAGCUUGUGAUUUAUUAACCAUAUUAACUCAUGAAAAUAAAACGAUUGAUCCAUUAGUUAUUUUAGAUGAUCAACUAUUAUUUGAAAUUAAUGUAUGCCUAUUAUUAAUAUUGUCUAAAGGUAUACCACCACCUCAAAGACUUAUAAUCAAAUAUGCAGAAUUUUAUUGUUCCUUAGCCAAAUUAUUUCCAUAUAAACAAUUUGUUUUAUUAAGUUUUAUAACUGGCAAUAUACACACUAUUAAUCAAGAAUAUAAAUUGAAGUUAAUACAAAUUCCACAUUGUAAUAUUUUAAUUGAAAUUAUAACAGAUUGUUUAUGUUAUACAAGUUUAGCGGAACGAGCACAUUUUGUUACCAUAGUAACAAAACCUUUCGUUUCACUUCAUAAAGUGACAAGCAGUAUAACAACUUUUAUGCGUUUAUUAUCACCACGACCACCAGCACCACAAAAACUUGAAAAAUUGUAAACAUAAAUUUAUUUAUAUAGAUUUAUAGAUAUAAACACAGAUGAAAUAAUAAAUAUUAUACAAUGAA